AUGAUUUCAUUUGUUGGUUGGCAGUAUUUCAUAUUUGAACUAAUUUUAUUUAUAUUUAUUUCUAAUCCAUUCUAUGUACAAUGUAAUAAAGAUUUAAAAGAAUUACAUGAAGCAGAUUCAUGGGGUACCAAAUUUAUUUUCAUAUUACCACCAAAUAAUAUUAAUAAAUUUCGAACUUAUUGUUAUCUUGCUGGAAUGAAUAAAGAAGCAAAUAUUACGGUAAAUAUUGAAUACAACAGUAAAAGUAAUAAUACGGAAAUUAUUGCAAGGAAGAAGGAUAAAUUUCAUUUUAAAAAUUUUUAUAAAUACGAUUUUCACAACUUAGCAAUGGAUGACAUUGUUCAAGAAGGACUACAUAUGUUGAAAGAUAAUCGAAUAUAUGUCACUUCUUCAGAUAAAAUAUCAAUUAAUUGUCAUAUAUUUGAUCUCGAAUCUGUUGUUGACCUUCUGACAGUUUAUCCAGUGGGAAUGGGUGGUGAUUAUUAUGGAUUUUCAUUACCUGGAAGUAGCACUGUUACAAUAUAUUUGUUACCACUUGAAAGAACAAAUGAAACAAUAUCUGAAACUCAUCAUAUUUCAAUAAUAGAAAAGCAAAACAAUAAAUUAAAAACCAUAAAACAAAAUAUGAAAGCAGGUUCAUUAUGGCAAUUCACAGCAUAUGUGGAAAAAACGAUAUCAGUAUGGAUUCGUGAUCAAUUGAGUAAUACUAAUACUACAAAAGUGACAGGUCAAAGGGCAUGGAAUAAUGAAAUAGCUCGAUUGAUGGUUAUUGUUUCGAUUCGAAAUGUUUCGAUACAAGGAGUGGCAAAAAAAGAUUUUGGAUGUUUUAUGCCAACUCCAAUGAUUGUUGAUCGAUGCGCAAGACUAACUAUUCCAGCAUAUUAUCCAAUGAAUAAAGCUUUUGCAAAUAAUAUUUUAUUGACAGCGCCAUCAAAUAAUUGUCCAAUGGAAAAAGUUGAUAUUAUAUUUGCUAAAGUAGAUUUAUUACCAAUGAAAUGGAAUAAAUCACCUGAACCAAUCAAUGUUAAUGAAAAAUUUUGUAAGAAAUCGCUUGCCAUCAAAUCGACGACUACAAGCAUGAAUAUAAUAAAUUAUGGUGGAAAUAAAGGAAUGUUUAUUCAUGAGAUUCCGGCAUACUCUCAAUGGAUCAAUGAUGAUAUAUUUCCGGUUGUCGUACCAGAAGGUUCACAUGCCAGUUUACAUGUGAUACUGUCAAAUUAUAGCGAAAAAGCAGUAAGGAAAAAUGUUCAAAAUGGUAACGAGGAAUUCAGUAAUUUUCGUUUUUCCUAUUCCGUCACGUCAUUAGGCCCUGGUUUUUGGCGUAUGCGUGCACAACACGGACGGAAACGUCGAUACGUGCCCAUAGUUAUCAUUGAAUUCAAUAAUACUUCUAUUGGUUAUAUUGCUGCUAUUAGUCUUCCAAGAAUUUCACCACCAAUAUUCACAAAAUAUUCUCAUAUCAUUAAUUUGAAAAAGAUUAAACCUGAAGCAACAACUUCAUUGACAACAACAACUGAAGAAGAAUGUUUUGUUGAUGCGACAGCUACUGAACCUAUAGCGGCGCCUUUAAUUGUUGCAACAACGAAAAUAACGCAAGGCGCAUCCGUCAAUAUACUUUCAAAUAAUUUAUUCGCAAUUUGCAUAUUUUUCAUAGUAUGUGCUGAGAGGAAACAAUGA